CAGCCCAUUUUCACCACCCGUGCGCACGUCUUCCAGAUCGACCCCAGCACCAAGAAGAACUGGGUGCCUGCAAGCAAGCAGGCGGUCACUGUUUCCUACUUCUAUGAUGUCACGAGGAACAGCUAUCGGAUCAUCAGUGUGGACGGAGCCAAGGUGAUCAUAAACAGCACAAUCACACCAAAUAUGACUUUCACCAAAACGUCACAGAAGUUUGGGCAGUGGGCCGACAGCAGAGCCAACACAGUGUUUGGUCUGGGAUUUUCCUCCGAGCAGCAGCUAACAAAGUUUGCAGAGAAAUUCCAGGAGGUGAAAGAAGCUGCCAGAGUAGCCAGAGACAAGUCCCAGGAGAAAACGGAGACCUCGAGUAAUCAUUCCCAAGCAUCCAGUGUCAAUGGGACGGAUGACGAAAAAGCCUCUCACGUGGGUCCAGCUGACACACACCUCAAGUCUGAGAAUGACAAGCUGAAGAUUGCUUUGACACAGAGCGCUGCCAACGUGAAGAAAUGGGAGAUUGAGCUGCAGACCCUGCGAGAGAGCAAUGCGCGGCUGACCACGGCGCUGCAGGAGUCAGCGGCCAGCGUGGAGCAGUGGAAGAGGCAGUUCUCCAUCUGCCGCCUCGAGAACGACCGGCUCCGCAGCAAGAUCGACGAGCUGGAGGAACAGUGCAGUGAGAUAAACAGAGAGAAGGAGAAGAAUACCCAGCUGAAGAGGAGGAUCGAGGAGCUGGAGUCAGAACUCCGAGAAAAGGAGACGGAGUUGAAAGAUCUCCGAAAACAAAGUGAAAUCAUACCUCAGCUCAUGUCAGAGUGUGAAUAUGUGUCAGAGAAGUUAGAGGCUGCAGAAAGAGACAAUCAAAACCUGGAAGACAAAGUGCGUUCCCUAAAGACGGACAUUGAGGAGAGUAAGUACCGACAGCGCCACCUGAAGGGGGAGUUGAAGAGCUUCCUGGAGGUGCUGGACGGGAAGAUCGACGACCUCCACGACCUCCGCCGGGGCCUCUCCAAGCUGGGCACGGACAACUAGGGCCCCGCUGUGAGUCCCAAGUGCGCGUGUGAAACGAAGUAGGCCUAGGACGUUCUCCUGUUUGCGUCGCUUCUGUACAUGCAGGCGCAGCUUGUCCUGUUUCCAAACCAGCUGUGCCGCCCACUCACCCCUCUCCAGGAUAGGACUCUCCUCUGCUUCUCUGGCUCCGUGGGGUUGUGGACAACUGGAAGAUUCUGACUCAGGAAUCCAGAACUAGGUCUACCUUAAACGUUUAUGCAGUCAGGGCAGGGAUGUUUAUAUCUUUCUUAAGGGCUGUUGCAACCGUAUGAACUGGAAAAAGGUAUUUUCUAAUCCAAAUAUCAGUAUCCUUUUUACAUCAGGCCAUCUUGCCUCUUUUGUCGGAUAGCAUUCAGAAUAUUUGAACGUCCACCAGGCAUGGAGGGAACAGCUCCCCUCUCAGUAAACAAGGAGAUGCUUUAAAACACCAUUUAGUAGCGACUUAUCCAGAGAAAGAAACAAGUUUCCGGUGGGUGCGUUUUCUGGCAGGGGAAUCACCUGCAUCCAGAAUACUCCCUUCGUGCCCCCAGUUUGUACGGUUGUGACAAUGUUCCUUUUCUUGGUUUUAAUUUCUGAGCAGAUGAUUGUGCUGUGGGAACAGCACACAGUGAGGGUGCCUAGCACAGUGCCUGGCACAAGUAGGUGCUUAAUAAAUAUUUGCUCAAUUAAACAUA